GACUAACUUGGCGAGGCACGAGGUCGCGACAGACAGGGGUGAACAAGAAAAAGCCACCAGCCUAGGCUACAAGUCGACUCGACUGCCUACAUGCAAAGAUGGCGAACGAGUGCCUCCCGCAGACCGUCGGCUUCCUUACGGACGCCGCGCACUUGCUUUCCAAGACGGCGCCCGAGACCUCGGCGUAUAUGAUGACGCGGCGCAACGCGCUCCUGCUCGCGCACGGCCUGGAGCUGUCGGACGCGCAGCGGCAGCACGCGUGCGGCGCCUGUGGCCACAUCAUGAUACCUGGCCGGGGGAGCAAGCUCGAGAUCAUCGGGGCCAGCAAGGCUCGCGAGAGGAGGGGGCGGGGGAGAGGGAAGGGAAAGAAGGGGGGGAGGCAGGAAAAGGAGGGAAGCAUGCAGAAAGGCUCGACUGCUGGUGCUGAACAGAGCGCGCCGACAGUUGGGUGCCGAAAACGGGUUACCUGCGGCAUGUGCGGCUGCUACACGGACAUCUUAGUCCCUCGGCCACCACGCAUAGCGAGGCAUCGCGCGACAGCCCCGUCAAAGUCUGCGAGCACUGCCACUUCCACUGUCGCCGCUACCCUUCCUAAGGCCGCUAUCCGCCCCCCGGUUGAGUCUGCGAAACUAUCCGCCAACGCCAGCAGCAAGAAGAGAGCGAAGAGCAGGAAAGAAGGCCUCCAGGCCCUGCUUCAACAGGCCCAAUCCUCUGCGCCCAGGCCCCAGAAUGGGUUCGGUCUGAGCCUGAGAGACUUCAUGCUGAAGUGAGUCGGGUUCCUUCUACUUACCUCUAGAGAAGCGGAUGAUGAGCAUCGAUUACCUAAGGGACUACCUAAGAGGGAGCCACUCGCGGGGACGUCGGGGGUCGCCAGUGGCGGCAAGCCUUUCC